AUGUCAUUCUCAACUCUAUCCCUGACUGGGUCUUUGAUUUCAGGCCCUUUCGAGGAGGGUAUCUUUUUGGUUAAUAUCAGCCCGGCUCGCAUGGACUUCCGGUCUUUCUUAGUUGACAACUUUAUUGCAAUUUUAAGUUCUCUAGUUACUCCUGCACAAGCAACAGCAGUUAUGGAUCUGAUUGAGGAGCGCUGGGAAGAAUGGAUCGGGGAGAUGCCCUUGAAGAUCACUUACCCAGCUCUGGAAGGACAUGAGUGGAGAAUUGUCACCGGAUUUGAUCCAAAAAACACAGGGCGGAGUUACCUUAUUGGUGAGUCUUGGCCGGGUUAG